AUGGAAGAGGAAACCCCGGAGUCCAGAAUGAUGGGCACAAUGAUGGAUGCUAUGAAUAGAGCCAUGGUCCAACAACAAGAGUUCUUUAUGAACUUACUGGAGGAUAGAGACACUAACAAUCGUAAGCAUGAAGCGAUUGCCGAGAACGAGUUAGCAACGAUUGAGGCAAGACAAGUGGGUAGGGUUUGCUCCUACAAGACGUUACUGAGUUGCAAGCCACCAGAAUUUGUAGGGUCAGAUGAUCCCGUAGCAUGCAUGAACUGGCUUCGAGAGAUCGAACAAGCCUUCCGGGCUUGUGACUAUGAUGAGGGACAAAAAGAAAAAUUUGGCUCUCAAAUACUAAGGGGUGCAGCCCUUACCUGGUGGAACAUUGUCAUAUCAACCAUAGAGGUUAAGGAAUUGGCCAAGAUGAGUUGGGCCACGUUUAAGAAGAAGGUAAUGGAGGAAUUUUGCAACGAACAAGAGAUGGACCGCAUUGAAGAAGAAUUCCGAACCCUCAAGCAAGGAAAUUCAUUGGUAAGAGACUACACACGACUUUUCAUGGAAAAGUUGAACUUAGUGGGGUACGUGGCCCCAGCGGAGAAGAAAAGGAUGAAAGCCUACCUCAAAGGAUUGUCUGCAGACAUGAUGGUGAUGGUCAGGAAAUCCAGAGCCUCCACCCUUAGGGAGGCAAUCGAAGAGGCAAAAGUAAUGGAAUCAGUUUAUGUUAAAGGAAGGGAAGAAAGAAUGUCAAGUGAUGAGAAGAAGAAAUGGGAAGGACAUUAUGCGCCCUCCAAAAGGCUAAACCAUUUCAACAGUAACAAUCGUGGAGCCUAUCCUAGACAAGAGACUAGAUGGUGUCCCAAGUGCUACAGUAAACAUCACGGCCUGUGUGUCACCAACCCUACUCCCACAAGGUGCUUUAAAUGUGAGAAGGCAGGCCACACACAAAAUGAGUGUCCGAUCAAGGGACCCAUCUGUUUUGGAUGUGGAGAGUCGGGUCAUUUCAAGAAUGAUUGCCUAAAGAUAAAGGGGGAGGGGGCCAGGGAAGAAAAUAAAGUACCCCGAAAGCAGCCGGCCGAGCCUUUCAGAUGA